AUGGGUGUCACACCAUUACAUGCAGCUGUUGAAUCUAACGAUGUUAAUGUAGUUCAGGAACUCAUUGAGAGUGGGGCUAGAGUAGAUAUUCAUGACACACAACAACGCACCCCUUUGCAUCUUGCAACAUAUUUGGGACAUAUUCUGAUAAUGAAAACUCUUAUUCAAGCACAUACUAAUAUUCAUAGUACUGACAUAUGUGGCGACAUGGCUGAUCAUGUUGCAGCUAAAUACGGAAAAAAAGAUGCUUUAGAGUAUCUUUUAGGAUUAGGGUUUGAUGUAAAAUGCAAAACCAAAAAAGGAUAUACAUUGCUCAAUUUAGCCGCUUCGAAAGGUCACAGAGAAUUAGUGCAACUCUUGAUCAACAAAGGAGUAAAUGUAAACGACAGUGGCCAUUAUGGUUACACGGCAUUACAUUCAGCUGUUCAGUCUAACCAUGAUAAUUUAGUUCAAUACCUCAUUGAGCUUGGAGCUGAGGUAGAUGGUGAAAACUGUAUGCUACAAACUCCUUUGCAUAUUGCAGCAAUGAUGGGGCAUAUGCCCCCACUGAAAACACUUAUUCAAGAAGAUGCUUAUAUUUAUAGAAUCGAUAUGUGCGCUAAUACAUGUGCUCAUGAUGCAGCCUUUAAAGGGAGAUGUGAUGUUAUAGAGAAUAUGAUAAAGUCGGGGUUAGAUGUAAACUACCCAACCAAAAUGGGAAUUACAUUGCUUCAAUUAGCGGCUUAUAAAGGUCACCUUGAAUUGGUGAAACUCUUGCUCAGUAAAGGGGCAAAUGUGAAUGACAAAGACAUAUAUGAUUAUACGGCAUUAGAUGCAGCUGAAGAAUCGAACAAUGAGAGUAUAGGUCACCUCACUGAAUCUGGGGCUACGGCAGAUAAUCAUAAGAAUAAACCACCCGCUCAGCAUCUUGCAGCAUUAAGAGGAGACUUUGCAGUAUUGCAAUCACUCAAACAGGAUAAUACUGAUAUAUAUAUAAUUUACCAAAUUAUGGGGAUAUGGGGCCUCAUGCAGCAAAUAUUCACGGGAAAUAUAAGACAAUUGAGUUUAUGUUAG